CGACGUCAUGGGGGAAACGUGUCGUCAUAACGUUAGAGUGGCCUGCUAUAAAACAUGGCACAUCGACUACCCUUACCACUCCAAUAACCCACUUUAAAACUAGCACAACAUGAUCCGCACACAAGCAAUCCGCGCCGUUAGGCCCGUCGCUGCACGUUCUCUCCCUGCCGCCACCCGCACCUACGUCUCAGCAAACCCUUCCCCUCCGCCCCGCCAAGACCCCUCGACGGCAGGCAGCGCACCGCAGGAUGGUCCCCGCAGGCCCUCUGUCUCCUGGGACAAGAAGCACACAGAGCCGUCCAAAUCAGGCGCGACUAUGUACGCCGUAGCAGGUAUCACCGCCGCCGGUGGUCUCUGGUACUACUACUCCCAGUCGCAGGGGCAAGACCGUACUGCGAGGAAACGCGGAGAGGAGGAUCGCGUCAAGGAGGGCGCGAGGAAGGUCGAGCAGGCCGGCUCGGCGAAGAUCGACGAAGCGCUCACGGAGAGCCAGCGCAAGUAUGAGGAGGCAAAGGCUGCAGCCCAGGAUCAGCUGAACGCCGCUCGCAAGUCGAUUGACUCCACGACGAACGUUGCAAGCUCGAAGCUCGACGAGGCCCGGCGCCAGGCCGAAGCCAGGUACCACGAGGCUGUCGACGCUGCUGCGAGGAAGUAUAGCCAGACGCGCGACGCAGCCGAGCGCACCUACUCCCAGGCGCUCAACUCAGUCGAGAGCGGGUAUGCGCGUGCCAAGGGCACAGUUGAAGAUGGCUACGAACGUGCCAAGGGUGCCGCCGAGGGUGGGUACGACCGCGCCAAGGGUGCAACCGAGGGCAGCUACGACCAAGCGCGGGGCAAGGCGGAAGAAACAAAGGAUGAAGCCAAGAGGGGGUGGUUCUCGUGGCUCUCGUGGGGAAACGAGAAGAAGGACGAGGCCAAGAAGGACGCUUUGAGCAGCUUCCAGCGCGGUGCUGAGAAGGCACAGGCGGGCGAGGAGGAGUUCAAGGUCAAGGCAGAGCGUGCCAAGUAAACGAGUAGAUGGAAGUUAAACGUUAAACACGCUUGCUACGAUUUAUACUUAUCAGGUGUAACAAAUCGACGGAUAUGUAGCAGUACCCGACUUUAAUCGACUUUGUUGUAAUCGUC